CGUCACUGCACCGCAAGGACCUGGUAAGGACUGACAACGUUGCGGUCCAUGGACCGCAGUGCGUUGUGUAAGAAUUCUCUUAGCAACGUCGCCUCUAGUACGUAGUACAUAUACCUCAAUGCUUUGCAUAGAGGCAUUAUUUUGUGGUAUAUGAACGUAUCCUUGAAUUAAAAAAAUCUGUGGUUUGCGUAUUUUUCUUUCAAUUUCAUUUUCAAUAAUUUCAAUCGUUUCUCUAUCAUAGAGGCAAUGAAAUUAAUUUUAUCCCUUUGAAAAUCUACCAUUAUUUGAAGAACUUGUUGCGUAUUAAGUUUAAAUUACACAAUGUCAUAUCAACUCUAUAGAAACACUACUAUCGGAAACACAUUACAAGAAAGCCUUGACGAAUUAAUUCAGUAUGGACAAAUAACACCGGCUUUAGCAGUGAAAGUGCUAUUGCAAUUUGAUAAAUCUAUAAAUCAAGCUUUAUCGAACAGGGUGAAAUCUAGAUUAACCUUUAAAGCCGGAAAAUUAAACACGUACAGGUUUUGUGACAAUGUGUGGACCUUUAUGUUGAAUGAUGUGGAAUUCCGGGAAGUGCAAGAGGUUGCUAAAGUAGACAAAGUCAAAAUUGUAGCUUGUGAUGGCAAAAAUGUCGAGGACAGGAGAUAAUAUUAGUAUCUCAUAGUGCUGGAUGGUGUUACAAUUUCAAUAAUCAUCUCAAAAUAUUUUUAUAAGGCGCUAGAUUUGAACAUGAAUUCAAGUAAGCAUCAGUAUAAAUUGUAUUUAUAAAUGAAGUACUCAACGCCUAAUUGGAUUUAGGGUUUUUGUUUCAAUUUGAUUUGUUGUGGUCUAUGAGUACGAGGUUAGGUCUUUAAAAAGCGAUGUUGUGUCAAAAUUAAGGAUAGGAAUUUCCUCUGCUUAAUAUUUAAAGACAACUUUAUUCAUUUUUUUUUACUCUAGCAUAAUUUUAUUAUAUUCUUAAUUCUUUAGAGCCUAAUUUUUAUUUGUGAUUGUUCAAGAAUGCAUUGCUAUAUUUCCGUUAAAAUUAUUCAUUAUAUUUAAUUAUUAUCAUAGCAUUUUCUUAAAUUAAAUUAAUGUCAUACUGGUGUAUUUGUGAUUUCUUUAAAUAGACUGCGGUAUAACCAGACCGAUACAACCUUCAAUAAAAGAGAGUACACCCAUCUUAAAGGCCGGCAAGACACCUCCCAUACUUCUGGUGUUUUGGGUGUCCAUGGGCAGCAGUAAUCGGUUACGAUCAGGUGACCUGUCUGCUCGUUUGCC